GAUUCUUGAGGAGGAAACUGCUGCGGCAGAAUCAAAUGCUUCAAUGGACGCAACAUCGAUAAUUACACAAGUUUCCCGCGAUGACGAACAAUUGAACGUCUACGCACCAGAUAGAGAUGAUGUGGAUAGACUGAAGCCACCUAAGCGCGGAUUCUUACAAUCGAUACUUUGUUGUUGGCGACGAACCAGAACAAAAACAAAUCAAAAUGGUACACCAAUCGAUGGUUCAACAACACCGCCACCACUUCCCAAUGAACAAAAGUAUCUUUUACCGCAAGUCCGACAUUCGGAUAUGCACAAAAAAUGUAUGGUUAUUGAUUUGGACGAGACCCUAGUGCAUAGUAGUUUUAAGCCAAUUCCAAAUGCAGAUUUUAUAGUACCAGUAGAAAUUGAUGGAACAAUUCAUCAAGUUUAUGUUUUAAAACGACCACAUGUUGACGAGUUUCUGAAAAAGAUGGGUGAACUUUACGAAUGUGUAUUAUUUACAGCAUCACUAGCCAAAUAUGCAGAUCCUGUAGCUGAUCUAUUAGAUAAGUGGAGUGUAUUUCGAGCAAGACUGUUUAGGGAAUCAUGUGUUUAUUACAGGGGAAAUUAUAUUAAGGAUCUUAAUCGAUUGGGACGUGAUUUACAAAAAAUUGUUAUUGUUGAUAACUCGCCGGCGAGUUAUAUAUUUCAUCCAGAUAAUGCGGUUCCAGUGAAAUCAUGGUUCGAUGAUGUAACCGACUGUGAAUUGCUUGACUUAAUACCAUUAUUCGAGAAACUUAGUAAAGUUGACUCCGUAUAUAGUGUUUUAUGUAAUUCAAAUCAGCCAUCAAAUAUUCUACAAAAUCAUCAACAACAGCAACAACAACCACAACAACAGAACCAACAAAAUCAACAACAGAACCAACAGCAACAACAACAACAACAACCACCACCAUCACCACAACAACAAUCAGCAUCAAAUCAACUACAAACAACAACGUUACAAUCGCAAACGCCAUCCUUAACAUCAUCACUAUCACAACCAUUGACACAACUGCAAAAUAGCCAACAAAUUGCAAGUCCGCCCAGUUUAAAUGAUAUUAGCACCAAAACGUAACAUUGGGAGUAUUUAUUUAUUAAUAUUUAAGUUUAAGAAAUUAAAAUCGUAAAAUCAAAACAUACAAAAAAAUAUAUAAAUAUAUAAAUAUUUUUUUAAGUGACGAUCAUGAAAUAAUGAUGAGCAUGAGGCGGUGAUGAAAAAAAUUUCUGUUGUUUCGUUUUAGUUAUUAGAGGGUUAGUGAGAAUCCAACGUUGUUUUUUGACUAAUGAGAAAUCUGUAAUUUUUUUUUUGUACACAGAAAUUUGUGUCUAAGGUUUGUUAGUGAUGCGUGGACGAAUAUGCAUUAAAUGUGUGGAAUUAAAUUGGAACUUAUGGAACGUUCUGUAGGUUGUAGGCGAACUUGAAACAAUUUUAGUGAGGGUGUCCCUGUGAAAUUGCGGUUCAGAAAAUACACAGUGAAAGAGAUAUGGCUCCGUAUUCCUUAUGAAUAUGGACGAACCAUUUAGUUAACUCUUACAUUUUAGGAUUAUUUACAAGUCCUAACCCGAUCAUUUGCUGGUAUCCAUCUAUAGCUUUCGAGCUACUUCUUUUAGUUUCUCGACUGACGAUGAGUUUGAGUCCUUAACACUUAAACGGAACGUUCUAAAAAUCCGCUAAAUAGUUCCUCGAUCAAAUAUAAUUCCGACAAAUAUCAUAUGAACGCUAGAAAACAAACAAA